CGAGAAGCAGUCGGGUUUGGAGCGCUUGGGUCGCGUUGGUGAGCGGUGGAACGCGCCCAGGGACCCCAGUUCCCGCGAGCAGCUCCGCGCCACGCCUGAGAGACUAAACUGAAACUGCUGCUCAGCUCCCAAGAUGGUGCCACCCAAAUUGCAUGUGCUUUUCUGCCUCUGCGGCUGCCUGGCUGUGGUUUAUCCUUUUGACUGGCAAUACAUAAAUCCUGUUGCCCAUAUGAAAUCAUCAGCAUGGGUCAACAAAAUACAAGUACUGAUGGCUGCUGCAAGCUUUGGCCAAACUAAAAUCCCCCGGGGAAAUGGGCCUUAUUCCGUUGGUUGUACAGACUUAAUGUUUGAUCACACUAAUAAGGGCACCUUCUUGCGUUUAUAUUAUCCAUCCCAAGAUAAUGAUCGCCUUGACACCCUUUGGAUCCCAAAUAAAGAAUAUUUUUGGGGUCUUAGCAAAUUUCUUGGAACACACUGGCUUAUGGGCAACAUUUUGAGGUUACUCUUUGGUUCAAUGACAACUCCUGCAAACUGGAAUUCCCUUCUGAGGCCUGGUGAAAAAUAUCCACUUGUUGUUUUUUCUCAUGGUCUUGGGGCAUUCAGAACACUUUAUUCUGCUAUUGGCAUUGACCUGGCAUCUCAUGGGUUUAUAGUUGCUGCUGUAGAACACAGAGAUAGAUCUGCAUCUGCAACUUACUAUUUCAAGGACCAAUCUGCUGCAGAAAUAGGGGACAAGUCUUGGCUCUACCUUAGAACCCUGAAACAAGAGGAGGAGACACAUAUACGAAAUGAGCAGGUACGGCAAAGAGCAAAAGAAUGUUCCCAAGCUCUCAGUCUGAUUCUUGACAUUGAUCAUGGAAAGCCAGUGAAGAAUGCAUUAGAUUUAAAGUUUGAUAUGGAACAACUGAAGGACUCUAUCAAUAGGGAAAAAAUAGCAGUAAUUGGACAUUCUUUUGGUGGAGCAACGGUUAUUCAGACUCUUAGUGAAGAUCAGAGAUUCAGAUGUGGUAUUGCCCUGGAUGCAUGGAUGUUUCCACUGGGUGAUGAAGUAUAUUCCAGAAUUCCUCAGCCCCUCUUUUUUAUCAACUCUGAAUAUUUCCAAUAUCCUGCUAAUAUCAUAAAAAUGAAAAAAUGCUACUCACCUGAUAAAGAAAGAAAGAUGAUUACAAUCAGGGGUUCAGUCCACCAGAAUUUUGCUGACUUCACUUUUGCAACUGGCAAAAUAAUUGGACACAUGCUCAAAUUAAAGGGAGACAUAGAUUCAGAUGUAGCUAUUGAUCUUAGCAACAAAGCUUCAUUAGCAUUCUUACAAAAGCAUUUAGGACUUCAUAAAGAUUUUGAUCAGUGGGACUGCUUGAUUGAAGGAGAUGAUGAAAAUCUUAUUCCAGGGACCAACAUUAACACAACCAAUCAACACAUCAUGUUACAGAACUCUUCAGGAAUAGAGAAAUACAAUUAGGAUUAAAAUAGGUUUUUUAAAAGUCUUGUUUCAAAACUGUCUAAAAUUAUGCGUGUGUGUGUGUGAGAGAGAGAGAGAGAGAGGGAGAGAGAAUUUUAAUGUAUUUUCCCAAAGGACUCAUAUUUUAAAAUAUAGGCUAUACUGUAAUCGUGAUUGAAGCUUGGACUAAGAAUUUUUUCCCUUUAGAUGUAAAGAAAGAAUACAGUAUACAAUAUUCAUAUCAGCCUAAAUUUUAAUUUUAAAGAUGAUUCCUUUUCAGUGUCGAAGUUAAAAACUGUUUUUACAUUACUUUGACAGACAAGUAGAUUAAAACAGGCAAAAUCCCAGUGAAAACCUGUUGCAAUGAUACAAGACUCCCUAAACAUAGAGUAAAAAACAAUUUCUUGCCUUUUAUUAUCUACUAUGGGCAGUGGAGUUUAAUUAUAGCAACAUGAUAUUCUAGGUAGAAUUUGGCAGCUCUUCUCUUUUGACUUUUGGUCACGGUAAGAAAAAUUAGAACAAGCAAAAGCCAUUGUUUUAGCACAGGAUUGGUGGUACUACACAAUUUCAAAUGAUGACUAAGAGGAGUAGAGAAGGGUUAAGAAUAUUAGAGAUGAGGCAAAGGCAGUGGAUUAAAUUGGUAAUUUUUUGACACUUUAAUUCUUUAAGGCAUUCUACUUGCUAAAGAAAGGUUCCACAGGUAUUACAGCAUAUAGCAGGGAUUCCAGUUAGAAUACAUUAGUUACUCAUACAAAGGCUGUGAAGGAUAAUAAAACAUUCAGAAUUACAUUUAGCUUCUUCAUAUUCCAAUUAAUUUUAUUUAAUGUUUUAAAUUCUAUAUGUAGUAGUAAAACAGAAUAACACGAUUAAAUGGAGGUAAAAAUAUAGCUUAAGAAUUUAUAUACUUAUAAAUAUGGGAAUCAUGGAAAAAUGAUUUUAUUUCCCAGGGGACAUAAAAAUUUAUACCACUCAUUUGGUACCCUAGUCCUAUCUUAGUGGUGUCAGGUGCAAAGUCACUCAUUCUGAGAAAUUUUACUUCUGUAGCCAUUCAGAUUAAAUUUUUUAAAAUAGGGAGUUAAACUCAGCUUGAAAUUGAAGGCUUCCUAUAAUCUGACCCUAAUGCAUCUUCUCUGAGCUUUGCUUCUGGCGAUUCACAUUAUAUUAUCUAUUUGAGUAAGCCAAACUUGUCUAUUCAUUAUUCCAGGAAUAAGUAAUAUACUCAUCUACCUCAAUUACUUUUAAUGCAAACCUCUCUCCCUUCUACUUACGGAAAUUAUAACGGGUUUUUAAGGUUCAUAAUUCUAUUUCCAUUAGGCUUCAGAGUCUGAUAAUGCUUCACAGAGAUACACCUUUACCCCAGUCUCAUUUAGCAAACCUUUUCCCUAUUCAUUUUAGAAAUAAGCAUUCCAACUGUAUGGAUGUCCCAUUCAACACUUUUUUGUUUGUUUGUUUUUUACAGUCUUUUGUUGGUGGCUCAUGCUGAUGCUGAAAGGAGAAAAUAACUAUAGAAAAUAUCUAAUAAGGUUAAAAAGAAAUAACCUAACAUAGUGCACACUGAGUAUUUUUCAGGGUAAAGAAAGAAACAUUUAUCAAAUGCCUACUCCUUUUCAGGGACUUUAUAUCAAUUAUUUCUAAUCUUAAAAAAACACUGCAAGAAAGGUUUUAUUAUCACCACUUUACAGAUGAAGAUCAAAGUUCAAAAUAUUACAUAAUUUGCCCAUGUCACAUAUCUGUUAAGCAGCAUAUAGCUAAGAUCUGUUUCUAAAAGCUAAGAUCUAUGCUUUGCAAAAUCAUGUUUAAAAAGUCAUGGGCUUCAAAGUUAGGUAGGUCUGGGUUUGAUCAAGCCUCUGAGACUCAUCAGCUAUCUGACCUUAGGCAAGUUAUUUAACCUCUUUAUGAAGCUUCAAUUUUCUCACCUAUAAAAUAUGGAUAAUAUUGAUAUGCACUUCAAAGUUGAUGAAUAAAGUGAAAAAAAUGCAUUUAAAGUAUAAGCUAAGUGACUAAUACAUAAGAGCUAACAUUUAAUAUUACUAUGCUUUCCCCAAUCCUCCAUUACAGAGGAGAGAUGGAACCAAGUAUAUUUAAGAGUUCUAUUUCCUUUUUAAUAAAAUGAGACCAUCAUAUUAAGGAUAAACUUUAUUUAAGGAUAAACUUUAUUCAAAUCUUGUAUUAGAAUACUUCCAAAUUCAAACAGAAUGUUAGUCAAAUGUUUAGACAAACAGGCAAAGAUUCAAAGUCAAGACAAAAAUUCUGAAGGAGAUCCUGCUAAAAAGCUAUCCUAAGUAGAAUCAAAUAAUGUACUUGUCAUGAGCCCUUAUUUUUCUAUUUUAAUUUAAACACUGUAUUUGAAAGGCACCAAAAUAGUUUUUGAAAUGUAAUGUGUUAGUAAACUGUUUAGCAAAAUAAAUCCUCCCAACUAAUUAGAAACGUAAGACAAUAAAGACGAAAGAUCCCAGAUCUGUAUAUAUAACAGGAUCACUAUAAACACACUCCACCAUCAACCUGAGACCUAAUUUGUUUUCCACCUAUAUAGAAGUUUUUGAAAAUGACAACUUCUUGUGGUUACAUGUUUUCAAUUUUCUCAAAUACUCUGUUGGUCUGCAUAAGAUGCCACUUGUUCAAGGGCAGCUUCUGACUGAUUGGCCACAGCUAUAGAUCCACAGUUAAAUCUCCAUCACCUCCAAACCCCUUUUCUGAAACAAAAAGAGAAAAACUUCAAACUGAGAAAGAAACAUACAAACAAAAAAAUUUAUUUCCAUGGGUGUUACCAUGACAAAUGUAAUGUUCUCUAAAAGGGAGAGGGGACAGAUGAGUAUUCUAAUUACUAUAGGGCAUUAUUUCUAUAGAAAUAGUUUUAUUUUCUUAUUAAUAUUUUGGUUCUCACCCUGUACCAUCAAAUCAAGUUUCUCUAAAAAUUAUGAAAUUGGCAUAUUUUAUAUUUUGCUAGAGAAUGGUGUGAACAAGGCUGAUAAUCAAUUAGUUCUUUUUCCUUUUUGAUUAGUAUAUAUUUUUCACGAUAUUAAAGCUACCAUUAGCUGA